CUUAUCGGUCCGAACAGACUAUAAGUCUUUCCCCUCUCUUUGUAUUUUCAAACUAGACUGUUGCAUACUGAUCAGCGAAUUUAAUGGAUCUGUUGCAGUCUGCAAGUUUAAUUGCUCUGAACUGUUUAUACAGCUAGAUAUAACUGUCCUCUCUCUCUUUCUCUCUCAUUUGGUUGAUCGUUUGAUCCACUUACUGUUCGAACCUUAUCGUUCUUAUGUCAUUUCGGAAAAGUUUCGGAAGGCUCACCCUGUCGACCUCCGAUCGGGUGCUGUUUUUCUCCGCUGAGUGGACUGAUUUAACCUCCUCUUUCCUCCAAUCUAGGGUUUAUCUACACCGAUGGAAAUGCCCGAGGGUUCGGCACCCUUCGGCUUCGGCGUUUCGAUAGAGAUUCCGAUGAAAUGAGACGGAUUCAUCGUGGUCUUAGUGCUGUUUCUCCAAUUUUGUUAUACGUAUAUUUCUGUUUUUGCCAUCCUUCUUUUGACGAUUGAGUUGUUUUGUUGAUUGAGUUGAGUUUGUUGAGAUGAAUCCUCUGUGUUGCAUUGCUCCCGUUUCGAUCGAUCGAGACCGGAGUAACCCUGGGGUAGCCAAAUCUGCCAUACAGAUUCCGUUAGGGCAUGACAACUCUGUUACAAGUGUGGGAAUUGGUUCAAACAAGCAGUGUUUUUCGGCUCAGGAUUCGUCGGUUGGUACUGAUCUGGACUGCGGAGUGUCUCCUGCUACUACUGUUGUUACUGCUGUUGGGAAUCAUGAGUUCGAAGAGACGACUGUAGAAGGCAGAGAUUCCAAGGCUUGCUGUGGUAAUGGUGCCGUGAAUGGCAGUGUAGCCGGGAUUCUCUACAAGUGGGUGAAUUACGGCAAGGGUUGGAGGUCUCGAUGGUUCGUGCUUGAGGACGGGGUUCUUUCUUAUUAUAAGGUGCACGGGCCGGACAAGAUUUUGAUGAGUCCUGCAAGAGAGAAGGGUGUUAAGGUGAUUGGAGACUAUUCAUUGAGGUAUAUGAGAAAGGCCAGCUGUGGCAAUGGCCUACGUGGGUCUGCCAAGCGGUGGAAGCCCUUCGGAGAGAUACAUUUGAAGGUUUCAUCAAUUCGUGCGAGCAAAUCAGAUGAUAAAAGACUUUCCAUAUUCACGGGCACUAAGACUCUCCAUUUGCGAUGUGUAUCGAGAGAAGACAGGGCAUCAUGGAUUGAUGCAUUACUGUCUGCUAAAGAUCUUUUUCCCAGGACGCUCACAAGCAGUGAUUUUCCACCCUUGGAUGACAUUGUGGUAUCAAUGGACAAGCUAAGGUCACGGUUACUGCAGGAAGGACUGAGUGAAACAGUUAUUAAAGAUUGUGAAUCUAUUAUGCUCUUGGAACUCUCUGAAUUGCAGAACCAAUUGAAGGCUCUUCAAUGCAAACAUAUUGCUCUGCUUGAUACAUUGAGGCAGUUAGAGACAGAGAAAGUAGAACUGGAAACAACUGUUGUGGAUGAAACAAAGGAGCGUAAGUCAUAUUCUGGACAAGGGAAUGGAAGAUUUAGUGAUUUCUAUUCCAUCAUGUCUGAGGGUAGUGGAAGUGAUUCUGAUGCAGAUAAUGAAAGUCAAGAUGGAGUGGAUAUUGAAACUGAUGAAGAUGAUGGAAUAUUUUUUGAUACAAGGGACUUUUUGUCUUCAGAGUCUCUAAGAAGUGCUUCCUACCGCAGUAGGGAGUCUAUGGGAAAGGCCUGUAGUGGUGGUAUGGAGAUCAAGACUAUAGAAUACCCCUAUGUCAAAAGAAGGAAUAAGUUGCCUGAACCAAAAGAGAAAGAAAAACCAGUUGGUCUAUGGUCAAUAAUCAAAGAAAAUAUUGGAAAAGACCUAUCAGGAGUUUGCCUCCCUGUUUACUUCAAUGAGCCACUUUCUUCGUUGCAGAAAUGCUUUGAAGACAUGGAGUAUUCAUAUUUGGUUGAUCGAGCACUGGAAUGGGGCAAGCAGGGGAAUAGCUUGAUGAGAAUUUUAAAUAUUGCAGCCUUUGCUGUAUCUGGAUAUUCUUCAACAGAAGGUCGACAGUGCAAGCCUUUCAAUCCUCUACUAGGGGAAACAUAUGAGGCUGACUAUCCAGAUAAAGGGCUCCAUUUCUUCUCUGAAAAGGUGAGCCACCACCCAAUGAUUGUUGCUUGUCACUGUGAUGGGAGGGGCUGGAAAUUCUGGGCAGACUCUAAUCUGAAAGGCAAGUUUUGGGGGCGUUCGAUACAGCUUGAUCCUGUUGGGGUUCUCACCCUUCAGUUUGAAGAUGGAGAGACAUUCCAGUGGAGCAAGGUCACCACUUCUAUCUACAAUAUUAUACUGGGUAAAAUCUACUGUGACCAUUAUGGCACCAUGUGUAUCAAAGGCAGUGGCAAUUACUCCUGCAAGCUCAAGUUCAAGGAACAGUCUAUCAUUGAUCGAAAUCCCCACCAGAAUAUAAACAUGCAGGUGCAAGGAUUUGUUCAGGACAAUAGAACUGGAAACAAGGUGGCAAUGCUGGUGGGGAAAUGGGAUGAAGCAAUGUACUAUGUUCUGGGGGAUCCCACUACAAAGCCAAAAGGGUAUGAUCCCAUGUCGGAAGCUGUGCUGUUGUGGGAACGCGACAAAUCUGUUACCCAGACUCGUUACAACCUUACACCUUUUGCAAUUUCUUUGAAUGAAUUGACACCUGGCCUACUGGAUAAGUUGCCUCCUACCGACUCAAGGCUCAGGCCAGAUCAGAGGCAUUUGGAGAAUGGGGACUAUGAGCUGGCAAAUGCAGAGAAGCUCAGACUAGAGCAGUUACAGAGACAGGUGCUGGGACUAUGUACUCUGUAGAAAUUAUUCUGAUGUUAACUACUUGGCAUUAGGAAACAAGGUUCCUAAUGUGGCCCAUUGCGAACCCUGCGGAUUUGGCCCAAGUGUUAUUGUGGUUUGCCCAGUCUUCAGCAAUAGAGGCGUCAUUGGAAAAACACAUUCACCAUUUCCACCAUGUUGCCUUGGACAUAUUAUCUUGAUUGGGCAUGGAAAUCAAUCUCAAUAUUUAUUUUAUAUACUAGCAUGAUGAAGUUAGAAGCUUAAAAACAUAGGGGAUUUUUCUGUCUCUUUUGUGCAAAAUAAGGCAAUUUUCCCGAGGUUUGCCUUACUGCCAUUUUUAUUACCUUUUAUCGUGACCAAUGAAGCUAAAAACUGAAGGUUGCACUCAGUAUCAUGUUUCCUUUCCAUGCAUCCAUAUGCAUACAUUUCAGAAUGAAUUUCCUGAUACUUGGAUCGUCUAAGCUAAAGAGUAAUUUCAACAAAAUCAUCCG